AAAACAUAGCUACGACGUCUCUAGCAACAAAAGGACAUUGCAAUAAUGUACAGCUUUGUGUAAAAUGUCAGUAUUUUAGUAGAUUUACGGAGCGAUGGCAGUUGCUGUAGAUAUUUCUGGCAGCAAACAUCUAAGCUACUCGCCGCUAAACAAGAAGCAUAAUAUUUUAUACAGCAGCGCGAGACAGAGCUAUAACCAACGCUACAAACAGAAGCCAUGGUUUCGUUUAAACCCGUUCACAGACAAAGAUGUUGGUAAAGUGGAGAAUAUUGAGCGAUAUGACCCCGAGUGUGACGCUGGGCUGUCACCGUUACAGUCUCUAGUCAUUGUUGAAGAUUAUUUCAGUGACGUACCGCAGUUUACCCGAGAAUUUAAUAUCAGUGAAUUCUGGGAUUUUUUGUUCUCCGACAGUUGGUCAAAUGGUUAUUCAGUGCGUGUAUUGGAAGGUCAGCUCCUAGAAAUGAUGACCACGUGUCUUCAUUCCUUGACGCAUGCUGCUAAAGUGAUACAAAAUGUGACAAAGGCAUAUGCCAAAACCAAACGACAGAAAUACUCUAUGGUGACAAAGAAAGCACCAGAGCUCAAAUCCUUCACAGAGACAUUACUUCUCAAGUUUGUUUAUUACGGUAACUUGGUUAAACCGGCUUGUUUCGAUCAAGAGAGUUCUGUCGGAUACCCGGAUGUUACAACAGCAACAAACAGCUCCUGUGUUCAUGAGACAAUCGACUUCAAAUCUCUCGGAAAUGAUGCAACGAGCUCAAUGACGGGCUUCAGCGCAUGGGACAGCAAGCCACCAUCCCCGCCUGCAACAGAACCCCAGAGUCUGACCCAACACCCAAGAAAACGAAGAGUAAGAGCCCCGAAAGAAAUGCUAAACCAAGUCGAAAAAGAAAGGGUGCUGUUAACGAGAUUCAUGUCCCACAAAGAUAGUAUUAAACCAAUUCCUCCACCAAUUCCACGUAAUAAAAACUACCGUUACACGUGCAGCAAUUUUAGUAACGCAAGCGACGACUACAAAAGUUUGCCUCCAAGAGUUGAUUUGAACCGCUUCGUUUGCACAGAGAAGGUGUCGUACCUUGGUGAGUUCAAUUUGCCUGACGACAGUGGAAGUUCCUCCUCUUCCUCAGGGGAAGACGACGAGGACGUCGACGGCGAGAAUUUCGGACAGCAUUACUACUUGGGUGACCCAGAAGAACCCAUCAGAAGAGAUGUAUUUGAAUCUACAGAAAUAAAAUUGAAGAAAAGAAAAGAAAUAAUUCAAGAAAUGCGUAAGGAAAAGAAGCUACAAAUUGCUCAGCUGGAAAAACCCAUACCCGAAAUAAUGCCAGAGUUUUCUGAACUUGAUGUUAAGAAAUAUGUGAAAGAUCAUAAAAUCAUAAAUGUUACCAGAGUACCGGAAAGUGACAAUGUUCCAACACUGGAAGAAUACGCUAAUUAUUUACAUGCUGAACUAAAACGUGAACUGAAAAGUAAGAUGAUAAAGCAAAAUGUCAAGCAAAGUGUCAAGCAAAGUGUCAUUUUUAAACAAGGAGAUGCUUUCAUGGGCAAAGUAGGGACAAGGUUACCUCAGCUCGGUCUUAAGAUUACGUCAAAGAGGACAGCCACUACUCCAGCACAAAGAAUGAUUCUUAUGAAAAAAAUGCUGAAAGGUAAGAAGAAGCCAAAAGCCAAAAGAGUACAUAAGAUUGUGGUUCCCCUAGUUUAUUUAUCAUUGCCUUCAGGAAAAACAUUUCUGCACCCUAUCAGUAGACAACUGAUGCAAAUAAAGAUGGCAGAGGAAGAAGAAAAAAGACGAGAGGAAUCUCUUACGAAAGAAACAAAUCGAAGACGAUCUUUAUUGCCAUCAGCCGGAACUGCUCUGUUCAAUGAAUUGCAGAAGAUUAGACAAGCUUCUAAAACUAGUACAUCCGGAGGUAGGGACGUCCAUGUAAUGAGCCCGAAAUUCCCCAAAGUUAAAUUAGUUCCUUUAGACGCAACUAUCGAGUCUUCGGAUGACGAGGAUGAUGAAUACGAUGACCUGGAACAAAACAUAUUUGAUUCAAAAACACUGAAUAUCAUCUAUAGCAGAGACAAAAUAAGGAAAGCAAAAGCAGCGGAAAGGGCAGCAGAAAUAAAAAAUAAAAGUAAAUUCCUUGAUGCAUUGAAAAAGUAUUGUCGUAUAAAAUCUGUUUUAAAGGCAUUGGGUGGACCAGCCAAGAAACCACGUCAAAAAUCACCUGCAGGUUUACGAACAAAGAAAAGUAAAACGGAGAAAACAAAUGCAAUAAACAUAGUAUUACGAAGUCAGAUCGCAGGAGUCCAGUCUGACCAAUAUGAGACUAACCAGUAUGCUGAUGUUGGAAAAUUAAGAAAAUUCGCAUUUCUGGAAGCAAAAGAAAAAACCUAUAUCCAGUCAAGUCAGCAAAUGAAAUCUCUGUUUGAGAACUAUCCAAUGGAGCUGUUUUGUGAAAAUCUAGAGAGAGCUCUGAAUGAAUUUGUCGUGCGAAAAGAAAUGAUUGUCUCCGACUACAAUGGAAAGACCUUGGUUUCUAUCACUUUUACAAAAAAAUCCGUGUUUACCACAAGCAAAUUUUCUAACAAUCAAUAGAUUCACUAUUGGUUUAAUAAGUACUUAUUUAUGUAAUUGUCUCAUUAAAAAAAGAGAAUCU